UCCAUCCCGGCGGCGGGGCCUGGUCGGUGAAGGCGCGGGCCCGGCCCGGUCCUCAGGGCGGCGGUUUACGGGCCCGGGCGGCCCCGGUCCCGGAGCAGCGGCUGCCAGGGAGGGAGAGGGGCCGGAGAGGGGCCUUCUGAGCCGGGGACGGGUCCCCGGCUCCAGGAACCAGCUGCCCUGCCGCAGACAUGCCAUCAGAGAAGGAGAGCAGAUCCCGGCGGCGGGAGCGGGACCUUUCACCUUCCCAGUGGGAUUGGGACUGCCCCGCCACACGGCGCCGUCUGGAAGAGCUGUAUUUCCAUGAGCAAGAUUAUAUCGGAACUGGGUCUGAGGAUGUCCGUAACUUCUGGGCUUUCUUUGAGCGGCUCCGGCGUUUCCAGAGCCGGAGAACCGAAAGCGAGCCAACUCCCAGCUGCCACAACCAGGCAGAGCCCCCCGCCAUCGCCCACCGCCUUGACCUGCCCCGCCAGUACGACCCCCGGUACCGCAUCAACCUCUCGGUGCUGAGUGCCGACAUGGAGGGAGUGAUCCGAGGCCGGCGAGGAGACUCCGGCAUGCCCCAGGAACGUCUCUCUGAAUUUCGUGCCGCUUUGCUGCACUACCUGGACUUCACCCAAAAACAAAGCUUCGCCAAACUGGCCAAACUUCAACGGGAACGAGCGGCGCUUCCCAUCUCCCAAUACCGGGACCAGCUCCUGCGCGCUGUGGCUCAAAACCAAGUGGUGGUGAUUGCCGGCGAUACCGGCUGUGGUAAAUCCACGCAGGUGCCUCAGUUCUUGUUGGCGGCCGGUUACAGCCAUGUGGCUUGUACCCAACCUCGCCGUAUUGCCUGCAUCUCGCUGGCCAAGCGGGUGGGCUUUGAGAGCCUGCACCAAUACGGAAACCAGGUAGGCUACCAGAUCCGCUUUGAGAGCACCCGCUCGCCUGCCACCAAGAUCGUCUUCCUGACGGAAGGGCUGCUGCUGCGGCAGGUACAGCGGGAGCCGACGCUGCCCGGGUAUCACGUCCUGAUCGCUGACGAGGUUCACGAGCGGCACCUGCACAGCGAUUUCCUCCUGGGGGUCCUGCGGCGGCUCCUUCCCGCUCGGCCGGACCUUAAGUUAGUGCUGAUGUCGGCGACCAUCAAUAUCCGUCUUUUUUCGGGGUAUUUUGGGGGUGCCCCGGUGCUGCAGGUGCCAGGAAGGAUUUUCCCUAUCUCGGUCAUCUACCAACCCAUCCCUAAGGAAGAAGCAUCCAUGGUCGGGAAAUCGGGGAAAUCGGAGCGCCUGGAUCCCCUCCCGUACUUGCGGGUGCUGCAAGCCAUUGACCACAAGUACCCGCCAGAGGAACGCGGGGACCUGCUGGUGUUCCUGAGUGGGGUAGCCGAGAUCGGCGCAGUGCUGGAGGCGGCGCAGGCUUACGCUGCGCAUACCCAGCGUUGGAUUGUGCUCCCCCUGCACAGCACCCUCUCUGUUGCGGAGCAGGACAAGGUGUUUGAUGUGCCCCCUUCCGGUGUCCGUAAGUGCAUCCUCUCUACCAACAUUGCAGAGACCUCAGUGACGAUUGAUGGUGUGCGCUUUGUCCUGGAUUCUGGGAAGGUGAAGGAGAUGAGCUACGACCCUCAGGGCAAACUUCAGCGGCUGCAGGAGUUUUGGAUCAGCCGGGCAAGCGCUGAGCAGCGGAAGGGACGUGCUGGCAGGACCGGCCCUGGCGUCUGCUACCGGCUCUACGCUGAAUCUGACUAUGAUGCCUUUUCCCCCUACCCCGUGCCAGAGAUUCAGCGGGUAGCGCUUGAUGCUCUGGUGCUCCAGUUAAAGAGCAUGGGAUUGGGCGACCCCUGGACCUUUCCGUUCCUGGAGCCUCCUCCCUCAUCCAGCCUGGAGAUGGCCGUGCGGUACUUGAAGGACCAGGGAGCCCUGGACGAGGCUGAAGACCUGACGCCCAUCGGGAACCUGCUGGCCCAGCUUCCCGUCGACGUGGUGGUCGGCAAGAUGCUGGUCCUGGGUGCUCUGUUUGGACUGGCCGAGCCCACCCUAACUGUGGCGGCUGCGCUGAGCGUGCAAUCCCCUUUCCUGCGACCUGCUCACCCCAAUCCCGACUGCGCCACGGCCCGACAGCCCCUUGAGAGUCCCCACGGUGACCCCCUGACGCUGCUCAAUGUCUUCAAUGAGUGGGUCCAGGUGAAAUCGGAACGAAGCGGUAGCUCUCGGAAAUGGUGCCGGCGGCGAGGCUUGGAGGAGCAUCGACUUUACGAGGCUGCCAACCUGCGACGCCAGUUUCAGGAGCUUCUUCGAGACCACCAGCUGCUGGAGGAAGCCUCCAGCCAGCCCAGUGACAGCUACAGCCGGCAGAGCCGACACCGGGAACGCCGCGAGCUGCACCGGCUGUGGCGUUCCCAUGCGGAGACGGAAGGUCGGAAGCGCAAGGUGCUGCGGCUGCAGGACGGAGCAGAUGCCUCCUCCGGCGAGGAGGAGGAGGACAGUGGCACCCGUGGGAAAGGAGAGCGCAGCAUCGAUAUCCAGGACAUCAAGUUUAAGCUCCGCCACAAUGUGGACGAGCUCCAGGCUGUAUCCAGCUCAGUCCUCUCCUCCUCACAGCUCGCCCUCCUCAAGCUGGUGCUGUGCAGGGGGCUUUACCCCCAGCUGGCUGUGCCUGACCAGCUCAACAGUGGCCGCAAGGACUCCGAUCAGAUUUUUCACACCAAGAACAAGCAGGGUGUCGUGCUUCAUCCCACCUGUGUCUUUGCUACCAGCCCGGAGUUGCUCCACGCCAAGGAGGGACCGGAGCGUGGUGGGACCAAAGACCCCAUGGAGGGGCUGAGCCGCCACCACCAGCUCCUUGCCUUUGUCUCGCUGCUGGAGACCAACAAACCCUACCUGGUGAACUGCAUCCGCGUACCAGCCCUGCAAGCUCUCUUGCUCUUCUCCCGUUCGCUGGACACCAGCGCGGACUGUGCCCGGCUGGUAGCUGAUGGAUGGCUGGAGAUCACUGUCCCCGAUGCGGACUCUGCCCUACGCCUGCUCUCCACAGCUCUGCAGCUUCGUUCCACCUGGGAAAAACUCCUCCACCAGCUGCUGGAAGGUCGGGGAGAGGAGUCGGGCCGCCGGCCGAGCUCCCGGGACGUAUCUGUGCUCAGCCGGGGGUUGCUGGAGUUCCUGCAGAUGGAGGUGCCAUACCGCCUGCGCCAGCUCACCGGGCUGGAGAAACAGAACCUCUACAUCGGUCCCCAAACCGUGGCUGCCGCUCCCCGGCUCCCGGGGCUUUUCCAGGGGACGGAGAUGAAGCCCGAUGAGGUGAAAGGCGGCCACAGGGUGACGGACUUUCUCACCUACAACUGCUUGGCUACGGACACGGACCUCUACAGCGACUGCUUGCGGAGCUUCUGGACGUGUCCCCACUGCGAUCUCCACAUGCCCUUCACCCCCCUGGAGCGCAUGUGCCACGAAAGCGCUUGCCGGCCCUCCGAGGCCCCGCUGGAAGAAGCGGCCGAAGCCUCGUCCAAAACCUCCGCCCUCCACAGAUCCUACCACUGCGACGUUUGCCAGCAGGAUUUUACCUUCACCCCCACGGAGAUCCUUCGGCACAAGAAGCAGCACCGGUGACCGGGUGCUCACUGGGAUGCUCUCACUGGCUGGUGGUGGAGAUGAUGCUGGGGUCCUCCCCAAUCCCUGGGGAGACGCAGGAGACCCCCGUAAUGGGGGGGAAAGUCCCCCUACACUGCUACCUCCGUUAUUCUUGGGUGAGUCUGGCUGGAUCCCAAAAGGGAUUUGGUGUUUUAGGGGUAUUUUAGUGGCUCCUGCAGCUCAUCACUGAUGCUUGCAUAGGGGCAACCUGAUUUCACUCCCCUUUUUUUUAAGAAAAACAUGUAAAUAAAUAGCUUUUUGGAGAAAGUCAGUGCUGGCCCAGAGCGUGUUGCUGGACAUUGGGGUUCCCCUGCCCAUGCGGGUGCCCGGUUUGGUGUCUGCACCCCCAGAUGCAGCAUGGGUCAGGGGCUACAGGACAAAGGGAUGUUUGUGGGGCCUCGGGGAUGUCUCCUGCCUGCAAUGCUGCCUGGUGCAGCAUGGCCAGCAUGUGGCACUCCUAUACCGGAGUCAUCCCUGCCUCAUCUCCUUUUCUUUCUGUAUCCUGUGGGCAAAGCAUCAGAGUGGCCCUUGCCGGGACUUUAUCACUACCAGGACUUCCCCCCCCCCCCCCAUUAUUAAUAACAAGUGACCUGAGCAGCCCUUCAGAGGAUGCUCACUCCCAACGUGGUGAGAAGGUGCUGCCUUAAUAUAAUAAGAGACCUUGCUUUAGGAAUUGUGGCUGGUUCUGGUGCUUUUUUGGGCUGAAAACACCUUGAGAAAGGCAAAUCCAGAGCGGCUUGCACCCACACACCCUGCGGAGGCAAAUGCUGCGACAACAGGAACGUAUCAGCUGUCUAAACCCAUUUAAAAUGCAUUAAUUAUCAGCCUGUGUGCUGCAUUAGGCUCAAGCAGGGUUAUUAGCGGGGCCCCUUCUAAUUAAAGCGAUUUGAUGGUAUUUUUAGCUCUGUGGCAUGUUGCAUUUUAUUUACCAGCCAAGGAAAAUGAUAAAUAAGUGUGGUUUAA